CUGGUUCUGGCUUUUCACGAGUUGACAGAGGUCUGUCACAGUGCUCGUGUUUAUGUGUUUGUGAGUGGAGUUGUGUUUGUUUGGUAAAAGACAGAGGAAGAAGAUAUUUUAAGAUCUUUCUCUCGGAGGAGUCAGUAAGAAGCUCUUGACACAAAACUACGAGUGUUUUGAGCAUAUCCUUCAUCUUUCUUUGGCUGGGAUGAGGGGGCUCAGGAGUCUCAGCGUUGGGCUCCUGUCGGCCUUCUUCUCCACCACCUUUGGUCUAUAUUUCCCUCCUCACGUGGAGCAGCUGCCGACCAUCACCGCUCAGACCUCAGGCUCUAUCAUCGCCCUGCCAUAUGAUGAGCGAUACAUAUUCAAGUGUGAAGCCAAAGGAAACCCAAGACCUACGUAUCGGUGGACAAAAGAUGGGAUGGAUUUUGACCCCCAUAAAGACCCUCAGGUCACUACAGAAGAAAAUACUGGAACUUUUAAGAUACCAAACAAAAAAGAUAAAGUGAAAUACCAGGGAAAGUACAGAUGUUACGCCUCCAACAAACUCGGAACUGCAAUUUCGGAAGAAGCCGAAUUUAUUGUGCCUAUGGUACCCAAGUUUCCUAAGGAGAAGACAGAGCCAAUUGUGGUCACAGAGGGCGAUUCAGUUGUUUUGGAGUGUAACCCGCCACAAGGGAUUCCACCCUGGCAGCUGUACUGGAUGACCAAUGAUCUCCGGCACAUUGAGCAGAAUGAGAGGGUGUCCAUGGGCCUCAGUGGGAAUCUGUACUUCUCUAAUACGCUGGUGUCAGACAGUCACGAUGACUACUGCUGCUUCGCCUCCUUCUUCAAGAUACGCACAAUCGUCCAGAAACCCCGCAUGGUCCUCAAGGUCAAGCCAAAUGAUUCAAAACAAGAGGAUGGUGACGCCAUGAGUGUUCAGGAGAGGAAGCCGAGCAUUUUGGUUCCCUCCAGUCAUUCAACGACAUUCCUGAAAAAAGGAGAAGAGCUGGAGCUGGAGUGUAUUGCAGAAGGACUGCCUACACCGGAGGUAGAAUGGAUCAAGAUUUGGGGAGACUUACCGAAGCGCACGCAGAUAAAGAACUUCGGAAAGCUUCUGACGAUACCAAACGUCAGAGAAGAGGAUGAAGGGAGAUACAUGUGUAAAGCCAAGAAUCAGCAUGGUGAAGAUGUGCAUCAUUUCCAGGUCGACGUAGAGGAGCCACCAAGCUGGCAGGAGGAGCCGCUGAAGAGUCAGUUAGCAUGGAUUGGAUCUGACAUCCACAUCAACUGUUCUGCUACCGGAAAACCGCAACCCACAAUCACCUGGAAGAGAAACGGCAAGCCUCUCGAUGAUUUCCCUUCCACCCAUCACAAAGUGCUUGACGACAGAAUAAUCAUACUCAAAGCGGAGCAGAAGGAUACCGCUGUGUACCAGUGUGAGGCCUCCAACAAACACGGCAGCCUACUGGCCAAUGCUAAUGUGCUAGUCAUGAAUCACCCUCCUUUGAUUCUGACGAGGAAUUAUCUGGAGUACGCGACCAUGUUGGGCAAGAGUGUGAUUAUGGACUGCAGUGUCUUUAGUUCACCACCUGCUAGCCUUAACUGGAGAAGAGAAGACCCAGAGGGCUCUGUAGAUGGAGAGAGAUAUUCUCUGCUGAAGAAUGGCUCCCUGCAGAUUCACAAAGUCGAGAUGGAAGAUAUGGGCCAGUACAAAUGCUUGGCAAACAACUCCGAGGGCACUGCAAGCAUCACCACUGAACUUUUCAUUAAAGAUUCCACUAGGAUCGUAGAGGCUCCUCAAGACAUGAAGGUCAUCCGGGGAUCUGUGGCCGAGCUGGAGUGCCAGGUGGAGUGCGAUCCGUCUCUGAGAAGAGAGCUGGAGUUCGUUUGGCUCAAAGAUGGGAUAAAUAUCCUCUCGAACACUUCAGAAGGGUAUUUCACAGACGAAGGAAUUCUCCAGAUUUUCAACGUGAGCCACAGUGAUCAAGGGAAUUACACCUGUAUUGCUCGAACAUCACUGGACCAAGAUACGGCUUCUGCAUACAUAACAGUGUUAGAUGUCCCCGAUCCUCCGGUUCAACUGAUGCUCAGUGAUCUGAAAGACCGCAGUGUGAAGCUUCACUGGGUGAACACCAGUGAUCACAACAGUCCCAUAACAGAGUUCAUCAUCCAGUACGAAGAGAACCACUGGGAGCCGGAGAAGUGGAAAGAUCUUCUUCGAGUGUCUAGCAGGAAGUUCUCAGCCCCCUUGACACUGUACUGCCACAUUAACUACCAGUUCAGAGUCAUCGCUGUCAAUGAAAUAGGGAGAAGUCAUCCCAGUAUGGCCUCAGGAAGAUUUAAAAUACCUCCUUGUGCUCCUGACAGGAACCCAGAAAACAUUAAGAUUGAGGGUCACCUGCCACAUCAGAUGGACAUCAGCUGGGAGCCGCUCUUGCCGGUGGAGCACAACGGUCCUGGUCUGGAAUACAAACUGAGCUACAGGCUCCUGGGUGUCGAGGACAGUUGGAAAGAACAGAUGGUGAAGAGACACUCUUUUGUGGUGCGAGACACCCCAACAUUUGUCCCCUAUGAAGUCAAAAUCCAGGCCUUCAACCGCCACGGCUGGGCACCAGAACCCAAAGUGGUGACUGGUUAUUCUGGGGAAGACUUGCCCUUGGCGGCUCCCGAGAACAUAUCUGCGGAGGUGUUGAACUCUACACUGCUGAAGGUCAGCUGGUCACCAGUGCCCCAAACCACCCUGAGGGGCCAUCUUGGAGGAUACACAGUGAACUACUGGCAAACUCAGAGUCUGUUGACCUCUAAGAAAAUUCCCUCAGAGAGACAGUCUCUCACCAUCCCUGGAAACAGGAGUCACACCAUGGUGCCGGGACUGAAGCCAUUCUCUGAAUAUAGCCUGACUGUCAACGUCUUUAACCGGAGAGGGAAUGGGCCCAGCAGCAGUCCCAUCUCUUUCACAACUCCACAGGGAGUUCCUGAGCAGCCUCGUAUCCUGAGAGCCACAAACUUUCAGAAAGACGCCAUCACACUGGUGUGGGCGCCUCCGCAUGAAACCAACGGCCAUCUCACGGGAUACCUUCUGCAAUACCAAACAGUUGUAGGUAAUGAGACUCUGGGUGAGCUGAACUCUGUGAACAUCUCUGGAGCGGACACGACACAGUGGGUUUUGCGUGAUCUGCAGGAAGACAACUAUAAGUUCUACCUGAGUGCGUGCACGCAGGUGGGCUGUGGGUCAGCCAUCAGUGAGGAAGGAGGCACCGACCCUGAAGCAUUUACAAUGCCUGAUUAUUCAUUUCCUGAAGUUUCUUCAGUCUCAGCUUGGACGGAGAGCUAUGAACUGUCAACAUCUGAAGUGACGACAUCUGAGUUGAGGCAACCUUUCUCUUUCACCUCGUCUAAUACAGACAUUCCUAUUGUAAAUGCAACCUUUUCUACCUUAGUUGUGCUCAACGUAUCGACCUUUGUAAGAGACACUUCUGCAAGAAUCAGCUGGAGAACCAGAGGAGAGCAUUCAGAGUCACAGCUCUAUGUUGCUAUAAUGAACCACCGUGAUGGUAUCUGGCAGCUUUCAGAGGCUUUAAAUACAUCUAAAGGUUUCCAUCUGGUUGAAGGACUCAGCCCAGGAACUGUGUACACAGUCCGGCUGCAGGCUUCACGCAGGGCCGGUGUCCCUAGCAUUUUUGAAGAGGUUUUCAAGACCAGGAAAGCUUCUAGUAGACAAGAGAUGGGAUCCCAGGAGUGGUUUGUGGGAAUGAUGUGCGCGGUGGCUUUGCUAACUCUGCUUGUCCUCAUCGGCUGUUUUGUGCUCAAGAACAAAGGCGGCAAAUACGCAGUGAAGGAAAAGGAGAAUAUUCCAGCUGAUCCUGAAUCUCAUGCCAUGGAUGAAACACCCUGCGAAUACAGUGACAAUGAUGAGAAGCCGCUGAAGAGCAACCAGCAAUUGUUCCGAGAACCCACAGAGGAUGAUAGCAGCGAGGACAGCUCUGAGAUAUCUGAGGAUGACGACUGCGAGUUCAAUGAAGAUGGGUCGUUUAUCGGCGAAUACUCUGGGUACGUGCGCAGGACGUCCACUGAGGUGAACGGAUUGAAUGGACAUACACCAGGAACUUCUUAACAGCGGCCCAAUUUUAUGAACUUUUUAAACAAGCCAACAGUGAGAAAGGUUUUGUUUGUAUGAUGUGCCAUGAAUGUGCCUAUGCUUCUGCGUGAUUGGGCCAGUUAUUUUUUUGUACAGUAUUAAUAUGAAGGGUUACAAUUAUGAUUCCGAGCAGCACAAAAUAACUGUUUCAAAACUUUGAGGUUUUUUAGCAAAACUUUCAUUCUGCUUCUUCCAUUAAGUAAAAUGAAUGGUCGAUAAAUGGCGGGUAAAUAAGUGUAACCGAUUUGGUUUUGCUUUGCUAUGAGCAGGAUUGAAACUAGUGCUUCCGACAUGGCAGGUCUAUUAAAAAGGAUGUUAAAGACUGCAGCCUUUAGCAUUAGAUAUUAGCACAUGUUUUAAGUCCGUUCUUCAUACAUGGAUUACUCAAUUAGAUGGAUUUGGUGAUACUGAAAGUACUGUAUGUACCAACUGCUGAUAUUUUCUUAUAAUAGUAACCUACACUCACAGAAAAAUAGGUACAUGGAGGUACAAAUAAUGUUCCCCAAGGAACAGUCUUGUACCUUUGUAAAAGAUGUACCUUAUAUGGUACAGAAAAGACCUCUUAUGAUACUGCCCUGUACCUUUUAUGGUACAACUGAAAUGAAGGUACACAUUUGUUUCCAUAUAAAAGGUACGUAAGUGUUGGACAACUCCUUCUUCAUUACAAUAUCUAUGAAAAUAAAUAUGACUGGAAAGGCAAAGUGAUUUUUUAAUGAAUAAUCUCUAUAUUAAAACAUCAAUCAUCAUUUAAAAGCACGUGUUUAAAGAAACUCAAACAUUAAUUAAGCUCUAUAAUACAAAACAACUGGUUAAACAAAACUACAGGUAUUGUAAACUAAACAUUUAAGGCAUUUUUAAUAAACAUUUGGUAACCAUUUACUGAUAAGUACAUGUUCAUUAUUGAUAUCCGCAUCUUUUGGCGUUUGCUUUCCACUACACAAGUGAGCUGGCAAAAGUCCUGCAUAUGCAAAGUGUUCAUGCAGACAAAACGAAUCAAACAUUGUGCAUAUCUCGUUACAAUACUUUUGCAGAAGUCUAUUUCUAUUUUAAAAUUAAGUAAAUUAAAUUAACUUAAGUGAUUACAAAGGUAUUGUGUGAAAAUUGGAGAAAAAAUGUUUUAUAUUGUACAACAAAUGUUUAGUAAAAAAAAAAAAA